AUGAUCCCGGGCGGCUCCGUAGACUGCGCCCACACCCUCGAGGUGGCCGAAGACUACUACGGCAAGGGCGACCGUCGGACAGCGCGCGAGCUGCUGCAGUCUAUCGUCACGACCGACGUCGCGGUGGAUGACGGAGACUCGAUCCGUGCCAAGGAGCAGGCGGUCUACCGCCUGGCGGAGCUCCUGACAGUCACCAAAGACGGUGAGGCCGCCAUCCAGCUGCUGUCGGAUGUGCGGCCGUUCUUCCAGGUGCUGCCAAAGGCGAAGACGACAAAGAUGGUGCGGAAGUUAUUCGAGCACAUUGUGCAGUGCGGCGUGCCGCUGAAGCAGCAGGAGGCGAUAUGCCUGGAAACGGUGGACUGGGCCCGCAAGGAGCGCCGCACCUUCCUGCGUCACCGCCUGCAGCUCCGCUACGUGGAGAUUCUCUUCGCUGAGAACCGUAAGAACGACGCUCUGGCGUCGCUGAGCGCGCUGCUCAAGGAGGUGCGCCGCCUGGACGACCGUACGCUGCUGCUCGACAUCUACCUCCUGGAGAGCAAGCUCUACUACGCCGUCAUGGAUAUUCAGAAGGCGAGGGCGGCGCUCGUCUCGGCACGCACAACGGCGAACAGCAUCUACUGCCCGCCCCUCUCGCAGGCGGAGAUCGACCUCCAGUCCGGCGUUCUGCACGCAGACGAGAAAGACAACAAGACCGCGUACUCUUACCUAUACGAGGCCUUUGAGGGGUUCCACCAGCUUGGCGACCAGGCCCGGCAGGCGCGCCGCUCGCUUCGCUACAUGAUCCUGUCGAAGAUCUCUACAGACAGCCCUGACGAGCUUGCGACGCUGCUCUCGUCCAAGAGCGUGCUGGAGUACAAGGGUGCCGACGUGGACGCGUUGCGCGGUAUCGCCGACGCCUACAACAAGCAGGACACGCAUCUCUUCAACAACAUUCUGGCCAAGUGCCGCACCGAGGCAGAGGAGUCCGGCGCCGGUGGCGGCAGCGACACGAACCUCCUCGCCGAUGAGGUGGUGCGUCGGCAGGUGAACGACAUGUACAACACGCUGCUGGAGCGUCAUAUAUUGAAGGUGGUGUCGCCGUACAACCGCGUGCAGAUCGCCUACGUGAGCAGCCUGCUGAAGCUGGAUGCCAUGGUUGUAGAGCAGAAGCUGUCGCAGCUCAUUCUUGAUCGCAAGCUGCGCGGCAUCGUUGAUCAGCAGCAUCGCUGCCUCAUUCUCUUCGACGACGAGGCAGCUGAGGCGUCCAAGCCAGACAAGGAUGGCGGAGAGGACUUCUACGACAACGCUGCGGACGCCGCCGCCGCGGCGGACCAGGCGCCGACAACGCUCUACCAGGACGCGCUCACGGCACUGGAGUGCUACAACACGCUCGUCACGGCGCUCUUCGACAAAAUCAACGGAAAGUUCGACGCGCUCGUCGAGGAGAACAUCGCGAAGCACAGGGGCGCCAAAGCAAAGGAAAACGAGGACGAGGCAAACCGCAAGAACAAGCGAGGCGGCAUCAGCAGCACCAAAGACGCAGCCGCCGACCGGGGCGGGAAGAACGACAAGUCUGACAGUGGCAACAAGCCGACAAGGCCUGGAGACAAGCGCAGGUGA